AUGCUGAGCAGGUGGAUGAGUGGCAGCAGCAGGAACCUGGACCGUGAGUACAACUGCACCGUGCGGCUGCUGGACGACAGCGAGUACACCUGCACCAUCCAGAGAGAUGCCAAGGGCCAGUACCUCUUUGACCUUCUCUGCCACCACCUGAACCUGCUGGAGAAGGAUUACUUUGGCAUUCGGUUUGUGGACCCUGACAAGCAGAGGCAUUGGCUGGAAUUUACCAAGUCAGUUGUGAAGCAGAUGAGGGCACAACCUCCCUUCACCAUGUGCUUCCGUGUCAAGUUUUACCCCAUGGACCCGGCAGCUCUGAAGGAGGAGAUCACCAGGUAUUUAGUCUUCCUGCAGAUCAAGAGGGAUCUUUACCACGGGCGCCUCCUCUGCAAGACCUCGGAUGCUGCCUUGCUGGCCGCCUAUAUCCUUCAAGCUGAGAUCGGGGAUUAUGACCCAGGGAAGCACCCAGAAGGCUACAGCUCCAAGUUCCAGUUCUUCCCCAAACACUCGGAGAAGCUGGAGAGGAAAAUCGCGGAGAUCCAUAAGUCAGAGCUGAGUGGGCAGACACCAGCUACUUCAGAGCUGAAUUUUCUCAGGAAAGCCCAGACUCUGGAGACCUACGGGGUUGACCCACACCCUUGCAAGGACGUGUCGGGGAAUGCAGCGUUUUUGGCCUUCACUCCCUUUGGGUUUGUUGUUCUGCAGGGAAACAAGAGAGUUCACUUCAUCAAGUGGAACGAGGUGACCAAAAUGAAGUUUGAAGGGAAGACUUUCUAUUUAUAUGUAAGUCAGAAAGAGGAGAAGAAAAUUGUCCUGACCUACUUUGCCCCCACGCCAGAAGCCUGCAAGCACCUCUGGAAGUGUGGGAUAGAGAACCAGGCCUUCUACAAGCUGGAAAAGUCGAGCCAGGUCCGGACGGUCUCCAGCAGCAACUUGUUCUUCAAGGGAAGCAGAUUCCGGUACAGCGGCCGUGUGGCGAAGGAGGUGAUGGAGUCCAGCGCCAAGAUCAAGAGGGAACCCCCCGAGAUUCACCGGGCAGGGCUGGUGCCGAGCAGGAGCUGCCCCUCCAUCACGCACGGCCCGCGGCUGAGCAGUGUGCCCCGCACCCGGAGGAGAGCCGUGCACAUCUCCAUCAUGGAAGGCCUGGAGUCUCUGCGGGACAGUGCCCACUCCACCCCGGUGCGCUCGGCUUCCCACGGCGACGCCUUCGCAGCCCCCGGCCGUGGCGGCCGCGCCGAGAGCAGUGAGCGGGUGGCGGUCAUCGCCGACGAGAACUACAGCCCGGCGGACAGCGUGCUGCCCACCCCGGUGGCCGAGCACAGCCUGGAGCUGAUGCUGCUCUCCCGGCAGGCGAACGGGGCCCCGUGCAGCAUCGAGGAGGAGAAGGAGUCGGAGGCCGGCACGCCGGCGGCGGCUGAGGAGGCCGGCGGGGAGCUGAGGGCCUUGUGCCCCGGCAGCCUGGGGGCAGCACAGGCCGAGCAGGUGAAUAAGUUUGUUUUAAGUGUCCUCCGUUUGCUCCUUGUGACAGUUGGACUCCUCUUUGUUUUGCUCCUCCUCCUCAUCGUCCUUACCGAGUCCGACCUUGACACUGCCUUUUUCCGUGAUAUCCGCCAGACCCCCGAGUUCGAGCAGUUCCAUUACCAAUACUUUUGUCCCCUCAGGCGAUGGUUUGCCUGCAAAGUCCGCGCCGUGGUAAAUCUGCUCAUUGACACCUGAAGGCAGGAGCCAACAGCUAACAGGCCGGGGCCCUGGGGAGAGACCUGCUGCCAUCUUCGGCACACAGAGACACAGACAGACACACAGAGACACACAGACAGACACACACAGACACACACAGACAGACAGAGACACAGACACACAGACACACAGACACACACACACACACAUCCUCCCUUCCCAACCCAGAGCGGCUCCAGAGGCUUCCCAGGAGCACCAGGGGGUGGGUGCAGCCCUCGGGCUUCCUCCGUCUCCUCCUCCUCCCGGUGCUCCCAGCCUGGAGCCCACCCAACACCUUCACCGUUCCGACUCUUUCUGAUGCGCCCGUGGCUUCGGAAGCACCGAGUAACCAGAGGGAUUUAUUCCACUCUGUGCCCCCCACCCCGUCAUUGUACGCGCAUCAGCCGGGAGGUUGGCGAUGCCGGAUUAUGCAGGAGCUUUAGCAAUGGUGCUACUGAGUAUUGAUUUAAACACUCGUGUACUCCUACGUUACGGAAUCCACCACUGUGCACCCCGCGCCGCUUCGCAGCCCCCCCCGUGACCCGAGUCCCCGGUGGGCAGUGGGGGGUGGUCCCUGCACACAUCACUCAGCCCAGGGCAGCCCUCGCUGCGGACUCGGAAUUUCCUCACUUUUUCUCCUCAGCCUUGAAGCAUCGUCGGUGCUCCCGAGGGCAGGGAGAGCACAGCAGGCACCCUUGGCCCAGCCUGGGUACAUGGGCAGCCCCCAGUGCCCAUGUUGGAUUUAUUAGGAAGACCUUUAGCCUCCCAGAGUUGUACCUGUUUUGUACAAAAAAAAAAAAAAAAAAAAGGAAAAAAAAAG